AUUUUUGUUAAUUAUUGUUAUUAUUUAUCUGCUGUAAAGAGAGAGACCAAAAAAAAAAGAGGAAAAAAUAAAUAAAUAAACAGAGCAAAAUAAAAACCACCAAACGGCUAUAAUUGUCACUGCAAGGCUCUGUUUGUUGCUCUGUUGGGGAGAGAGAGAGAGAGAGAGAUUUACGGUUGUGGGAUUUUACGGGAUUGCUCGAGGAGAUAUUUUCCUGGGCAAAUUUUGGCCACCAGUUUGUGUAUCAGGAAGGAGGGAGAGGCUUAGUUUGAUCUUGGUUUUAAAAGAUCUCCCUCAAAGUUUGUGUAACUUUGAGAGAGAGAGAGAGAAAGACCGAGAGGUUUUUAAUCGAACAUUUAUUUUUGUUAACUGUUGGGAUUUUGAUUGAUUGAUCGAUCGAUUAAUCAUGUCUGUUGGGUAUUAUAGUUCCAAGAAGACUGAUGAUAUAUGUGAGGAUGUUUGUGGCCAGCAGUCGUCUCGAGCAGCUCUGAGCAUGUCUAGGCUGAAGUGUAUCUUGCGAGGGUUGGAUUUCAAGACCUAUAUAUUCUUGUUGGUUCUUGUUCCAUUAGGAAUACUCGGUGUGUAUCUGCAUGGCCAGAAGAUCACCUAUUUCCUGAGACCUAUAUGGGAAUCUCCUCCAAAGCCCUUCCAGAUACUUCCUCACUAUUAUCAUGACAAUGUAUCAAUGGAGAAUCUUUGCAGGCUUCAUGGUUGGGGGAUUCGUGAAUCCCCAAGACGAGUCUAUGAUGCAGUAUUAUUUAGUAAUGAAGUAGACAUUCUCACGAUUCGAUGGAAGGAAUUAUAUCCUUACAUAACACAGUUUGUUAUUCUUGAAGCAAAUUCAACAUUUACAGGUAUACCCAAACCAUUGCUCUUUGCAAGAAAUCGGGACAGAUUCAAAUUUAUAGAGAAUCGGUUGACUUAUGGGACAGUUGGAGGGAGAUUCAGGAAAGGGGAAAACCCAUUUGUAGAAGAAGCAUACCAGAGAGUAGCACUGGACCAGCUUAUUAGAAUAGCAGGGAUUGAAGAUGAUGAUUUGCUAUUAAUGUCCGAUGUUGAUGAGAUCCCCAGUGCUCACACAAUUAAUCUAUUGAGGUGGUGCGAUGACACCCCCCCGGUUCUUCAUCUUCAGUUGAAGAACUACUUGUACUCUUUUGAAUAUUAUGUUGAUAACAAGAGCUGGCGGGCUUCUGUUCACAAGUUCAAGACAGGGAAAACCAGAUAUGCGCACUAUCGUCAGGCAGAUGUCCUCUUGUCAGAUGCGGGUUGGCAUUGCAGCUUUUGCUUCCGCCACAUCAGUGAGUUCGUAUUUAAGAUGAAAGCUUACAGCCAUUAUGAUCGGGUUAGGUUCUCUCAUUACCUGAACCCUAAAAGGAUUCAGAAUGUGAUUUGCAAAGGGGCUGAUCUGUUUGACAUGCUACCUGAGGAAUACACAUUCAAGGAGAUUAUUGGGAAGAUGGGUCCUAUCCCUCAUUCGUAUUCAGCAGUCCAUCUACCGGAAUUUUUGUUGAAUAAUGCUGAGAAGUACAAAUAUCUCUUGCCUGGUAACUGCAUAAGGGACAGUGGGUGAAGUCUCUUGCAAAAUGAUGAAUCCUUGUAAAUUCUGGAUGCAUGUCGUCCUCUGCACCAAAAAGGGCUGUAUUAGACAAUUGAUGGUGAUGCGUAGCAUUGGUACAAGCGUCGCCUUUGUCGGUUGAAUCCAUGUCAUUCUUAGGGAGAUGGGAUGAACUUGGAAGUUUCUCUGUGUAUGAAGGGAAAUUCUGUAUAUUCCUUUUUGCGGAACUUGGGUUUCUCCAUUAUGAAGAAGAGGUAUAUUCAGUUUUCCAAGGGGUAGCUCGUUACUAGAGGUCCUUGGUAUGUAUGCACAGACCACUGCUAGUUGGUUUGGCUUAUCCUACCUGAAUUGCAUUGGAGUAGAAUGACAUUUUCCCAUGUUUUUAUGUGAUGGGGAAGUUCGGCUUUUCUGACUAAUCUAUUGAUGAUAUAUUAAUCUUGUCUAUCUAGUUGUUGAUUUA